AUGAGUAACAUUACUCCAGAUUAUGAUGCCAUUGUCAUUGGCGCAGGUUUCAGUGGUGUCAGAUCUCUCUGGGAGCUCGACCGACUGGGCUUGACAGCAAGGUGCUUCGAUGCGGGGUCAGAUGUAGGAGGCACCUGGUGGUGGAAUCGCUAUCCUGGAUGUCGGACCGAUGGAGAGGCUUGGGUAUACGCCUUGAAAUUCCUGCCAGAGCUGUUGGAAGAAUGGGACUUUACUGAGCGUUAUCCCACACAAGAGGAGAUUCAAUGGUAUCUGGGUCGUAUCGUUGACCGUUACGACCUACGCAAGAACAUUCAAUUUGAGUCGGAAGUUAAAUCAGCCCACUACAGCGAUUGUGACAAUCUUUGGACGAUCACUACUAUGAAUGGGGGUGUGGCUACCUCGCGAUACUUCCUCCCUGCCACAGGCAUCACAUCUAUUCCCAAGGAGCCAUCAUUCCCUGGGCUGAAGUCGUUCAAAGGGGAGGUAUAUCAAACUUCUACCUGGCCGGAACACGAGGUCGAUUUUCAAAACAAGCGAAUCGGUGUGAUUGGAACAGGUUCAACAGGCAUCCAAGUGAUCACCAAGCUUGCCCCCAUUGCUGAAAAGCUCACCGCGUUUCAACGAACGCCGAAUUAUGUGCUACCAGCGCAAAACUACCCUCUCGACAAGCAAAAAGUGGAAGAUGUCAAGAAGGAUUUUGAUGCGACCUGGGAUAUUGCCAAAGUUAACCUGGCCGGUCACGCCGUAAAGCAUUCGGGGAGAACUGUAACGAGUAUUGGAGACUUGAACGAGAUUCAACAUGUCUUCGAAACUGGCUGGUCGCGCGGUUGUUACGAUUUCCAGCUUGGCACAUUUGAUGAUUCAUUCAUGCAUCCAGAUGCCAAUGCUGCUACGGCUGACUUCAUUCGUGGCAAAAUCCGUUCCAUCGUUCGCGACCCUGAUACUGCUGAGCUUCUAUGCCCAACCUAUCCCUUCGGUGCAAGACGUCCUCCUUGUGCAGAUGGAUACUAUGAGACAUUCAAUCGAAUGAACGUUCAGCUUGUUGAUAUCAGCAAAGAGGAGAUAGACGUUUACGAAAACGGGAUCAAGACUGCAUCUGGGGUGGAAUAUGAGCUUGACAUGAUCAUCUUGGCAAUGGGCUUCGAUUCAGGCACAGGAGCCAUGAACAAGAUAGACAUCAGAGGGAGUAAGAACCAGUCACUGCGUGAGUCUUGGAUGCAGAGACUUGAAACAUUCGCGGGUGUCUUGGUCCACGGUUAUCCGAACAUGUUCAUUGUCUGUGGUCCUCAUUUGCCCGCAGGUAACCAGCCUGUCAGUUUAGAAGCAUUCGCAAGCUGGAUUGGCAAGACAAUUGAGCAUAUGGAAAGCAAUGGGCUCGCCAAGAUCGACGUGUCUAAGGAUGCCAUGAAUGCGUGGACGACACACGUCGAGCAAGUGUGGGCUGGUUCGUUCCUAGCCAAACAUGCACACGAGCAGGGCUCCUGGUUUGUCGGGACCAACAUUCCCGGAAAGCCGUCCCGAAUCAUGUUCUACUUUGGUGGAAUUGUCAACUUGGAGCCCUGGCUCAUCAAGGAACUGGAGACUCAGUGGUCAAGCAUGAGCUUCACGCCUCUUGAAGGGGAUAAGAACGCUAGCCAUGGUGUGUCAAAACAGAUGAAGACUGUCGGAGGGGUCCACGUCACCCCAGAAAUGUUGGAGUCGGUCCAAAUUCCUCUAGAAGCCGACAAAGUUGGCAUGACUGUGGCGGCUAAAUCCGACUUCGUCAACGCUACUACCGCUGUGUACAUUGAAAGGGCUGUCAAGGAAAUGAGAAGGCGCGGACUGAGCCCGAAGCAAGAUUAUCGGCUUCACUGGUGGAAAGUGAUGCAAGACUUUGUUGAUUCCGAGGAGGGACAAAGACUCGUCCAGGAGGCACCUUCAAAAGCAGAAGGACUUGAAGACUUGAUUUCCAGGUUAGGCAUUGAAGGCGAGGUGAUUGCAAGGAUGGGCCCAGAGAUCGUGAACAUCCUGACUGGCAAAACUCACGCCCUUGCACAUAUUAUGAGAGGCGAUCUGCUCUUCCGGGUCUAUCUCUCUGACGAGGGUAGGCGCGCUAACCGCUAUGUGGCAGAAUACGUCAAAAUCCUCACCUCCCAGAGGAAAGGUAUCAGAAUUCUGGAGAUUGGAGCUGGAACAGGAGGCACAACAUCGGAAGUCCUCGGCCUCUGCAGCUCAAAUGGCGAGCCAUUCUGUGCUGAAUACAUGUACACGGAUCUCUCGCCAGGCUUCUUCAAUACUGCGAAGACAACGAUGAAGAAAUGGGAGCACCUCUUGAAAUUCAAGGUCCUAAACAUUGAGGAUUCCCCGACGAGCCAAGGUUUUGAAGAGCACACGUACGACUUGAUCAUUGCCGCAAAUGUCAUCCAUGCCACAGCACGUCUGACAAAAACACUGAGCAAUGUACGCAAGCUACUAAAGCCCGGCGGUGUCUUCGGUCUAGUAGAGCUCACGAGGUUAACUCCUUUCUAUAACCUCACAUUUGGUCCACUUUCUGGUUGGUGGGCUGGCGUCGACGAAGGGAGAAUAAAGAGCCCCUUACAGUCUCCUGAGCAGUGGAAUGAGUUGCUCAAGCAGACUGGCUUCUCUGGCGUUGAUCUAGCUGCGUACGAUCUUCCCGGGCCACACAGACAUAGCUGUCUGCUACUGUCGACUGCCUUGGACAGUGCAACUACCAAUGCGUAUUGA